UUCCUACCGGAAUCGAAUUCAAGAUAAGUUCAAUCCGACGUGAACGUUCCUUUUAUCAUAAUAAAUGCUAGUGCUUCAGCCUAACUAAAAUCAACCACAAGCGCUUACUGACAAACUAGGCGGUCUCAUUAUUAUAUUUUACUAUUAUUUUAUGUUUAUUAUUAUUAGUAGAUUUAGUAGACAUGAUAUUUAUUUAUAUUGAAUCCAGAAUAAGAUGAAGCUUGUUGUUAAAGACCUAGAUCUAGCGAAUUCUAAAGAUAACGACAUUAACGACCAGGAAUCAACUAGAGAUCAGAGUCUGGUUGUUGGAAGCUGCUUGGCUGUGUUUGGUAACAUUUUGAUAAGUAUAUCACUCAAUUUACAGAAAUAUGUUCAUCUUCGGAAUGCAGCCAGAGAGAGCCAAUCCCAGAAGCACUAUACCAAAGAACUUCUCUGGUGGUUAGGUUUGUCCUUCAUGGGUUUUGGUGAGCUGUUCAAUUUCACAGCAUAUGGCUUUGCUCCAGCAUCAGUGGUCGCCCCACUUGGGACAACCACUGUAGUAGCUAAUCUCUUCCUUGCUGCCAUUUUCUUAAAAGAAAAAAUUCGGCCUGAAAAUCUCUUUGGUUGUGCUUUGGCUAUAAUUGGAGCCUUUUUGUUGGUGACUUUCUCUAAUACUUCUGAGAAAGUGAUGGGAAGUUACGAGAUAGUUAGAUCCUUGUCCCAGCCCAUUUUCAUAGCCUAUGUCUGCAUUGAGGUUAUUAUUUUGGCUGCACUGCUCAUCCUUCUGUACUGCAAGAAUGUCAAACAUGUUUUGCUUUAUCUGCUCAUAUCAUCCAUCACAGCAUCAUUCACUGUGAUCUCUGCUAAAGCUGUAUCGGGCAUGAUUCAGCUGUCUGCUGUUGGCUUCUCUCAGUGGACCAAGCCAGUCUUGUAUGCCAUGCUGGUUGUCCUUAUUUUGACUUGUCUUAUUCAAAUCAAGUUUGUUAACUUGGCCAUGAAGAAUUAUGAGGCUACCAUUGUAGUUCCUGUCAACUUUGUUAUUUUUACAAUCUCAGCAAUACUUGCAGGCAUAAUUUUCUACAAAGAAUUCUAUGGAAUGAAUGGAAUUCAGGUGACUUUGUUCCUAUUCGGUUGUGCCCUGUCAUUUAUGGCAGUUUACUUUAUUGCUGUUGGAAGAACUGGGAACUUCUCUGGUAACAAAUCUGACCUUCACCCUCAACAUGUCUCCUCUGAUUUGAUUCCAUCCUGGAUGCUGGCAAAUGUCAACGUUGGACAGGUCCAACCCUAUGGUCAUGUGGAACAUCUAAAGAACACAGAGAGCGAUAAAGUGCCCAUCCUUCAGGCUGAGGCUUUAGAAACCAUUGAAGAACUCACUGAAGGCUCGGAUAAACCUGAUGGGGAAACUGACACAGUCUCUGUUACGUCUCUAGAUAUGCUCGUUGAUCGGGAGAAGCUGGGGCUAGAUGACAGGUCUGAUUAUGGAGCGACUAAGUAAAUUUGGAAUAGGAUGGCGUGGAAUGUCUAAAGUUUGAUUUGGACUUGUAUCCAAUGGUUGUCCGUGAGUCUCCAGACUUUGACUAGUUAAAGGAAGAUCAAAGCAGCUGGGCUGAAACUGACCAGAAUAUCCCUUCAGGGUCAUAGGAACUCUUCUUUUACUGUCAAGUUUGAAAUGGAACUUUCAAUUUUGCAUUUUAACUAAAUUCAGUAGUGACAUGUUUUUGUCAUAAUUAUUUCAUUUUGAAUUUAAAGAAAACACGAAUCAAUUUUUCUGAUUUUUUUGUCAGAUAAUUUUUGUGUAUCCAUGUUAACUAUUCUUCAUUUAUAUAAAUGUUUAAAAAAAAACAACAACCCAUGCGGUUUUAAUUUAUUGUAGGAAUAUGUUUUAUUCACAAGACAACUCAAUUAUUUCUUUUAAAAUAUUGAUGAUAUCAUUAUAAUUCAACAAUUAGAUCUGUUUUUUUCAAAAGCCCAUCUUUAUAAAAAACAUGAAAUGACUAUGAUUGUUGUAUUAACUGUGAUUCUAAACUAUUGUAUUUUAUAUUGUUUUAUGUUAAUAUUUCAAGGCUUUAGAAAAAAAAGUAAUGGCAUUUUAUUAGACAAUAUUAUUUUGUUGUUUAAAUUUUCAUUGAAUAUGUUAAAAUGUGUAAACAAUGUUUUCGGAUUUUUUCUUCUUCACUUGUUGUGUGUUAAAUUCAAAUAAGUAUAAUAUGUUGUUUUGUGUUAAUCUUAAAGUCACUUAAUUAAGCAAGUAAGGGUUGUGCAAUACUUUGAACGUAGUUUAUGCCUUAUUUCAUUAUUAAUUUUUAAGCAUUUGUUUGAUUACACAAGUAUUAUAUGCGAUGUUAUUUUCAAACUUUGGAUAAAUAUAUUAACAGAUACAUUUUAUGUACAUUCUUGUAAGGUCUACACAUCUGUUCUGUGAGAACAAUUGUACACUAGAAAAACUAAAUAAUCUAUUUUUUGUGUCAUUGUUUGAAAUCAGUACUACAGUGUGCAUUCCUUACCAAAACUUUUCACCAUUCCCAACACUUUGUCAUAAUCAAACACUUAAGAUAUUAAAAAAAAUAACAUUUUAAUGUCAAUAAAAUAAUUUUUUUCUGUUUAGAUUUUAGAUUAACUAAAUGCUGGGUGGCUAAAAAUGAAAUUGUAAAAUAACAAGAGUUUGAUUUUUAAAAGUAAUUAUAAGUGUUAAAAUAUUCGAUUCUGUUUUACUAUAUAUAACUUAUAUAAACCUAAUUUAUAUAAAUUUUGUUUGCCUUGAUUACUACACUUAUUAAAUAAAUACUUUACCUUAAAGUUUAAGUCAUUAUGUUACAUUUAUGUUUUAUAUUGUAUAUUUAGUAGUAUAAAUCACAGGUUUAUAUUUAAAAUGUGUUUUUAAUUAUAGUUAUAGCAACCUGAAUCUGAUGCUGUAACUAACAGUUUUUUACAACUCUAGUUUGAUCAACUAAGGUUUCUUUUUCCCCACAUGUGAUAAUUGAAUUUAUAAAUGUUUCUUGUUAAGAUCAAAGACAAUAAGUAUUUACACUAUUCUUAGACUGAAUAUGAGGACUUUUCUCAUAUUUAACCAACUGCCAAAAUGGUAACUAUUUAUUCAUGAAUUUUAUUAUAUUAAUUAUACAAAUAUUAUUUAAAUAUUUUCUUGUUUUACUGCUGCUUUUACUUGUGUGGCUGAUAUUUUUACAAAUACAUUUCUAGUCUAGUUAAUUUUAAACUAUUUAUUGAAUUAAUAGUUUAUUUUAUUUUCAAUAUAUAUUCCAGUUUUAAGAAAAUUAUAUUUAAAUGUGUUUUUUAGUUAACGAUGUCAUAACUAUCAUCUAGUUACUAAUAUAUGAUAUUGUAUAUUAUACUGUAAAGUCAAGGAGCUGAAAAAGAAAUGUAAUGAAUAGUUUCAUGGGUUUUCCGCUAGUGACAAAAAGUGCUGUCAAACUGUUAUACAAAAAUAUUACAUAUCAGAAAAAACAUUUAGCAAUACAUACCUCAUAAUUAACUGAAAAUUAUCUUAAGAUACUUUUUAUUUAAAAUUUGAAUAUAUAUAUAUAUAUAACUGUUGUAAAAUCAAAAUAAUUUAUUGUUUUUGAAUAUUCUGUUUUUAUUUUGAAGGAUGUGUAAUUAAUGAGAAUUUUUAUCUUCAUGUUUUGAAGUAGUAUUUUCUCUAAG